AUGAUGGACUGGUAUGAUCAGCCACGAGAGCUGCUGUUCAGCGAAUACCUUCUCCUACGAGACUGGAAUGACACCGAGUACGCCACAAACCCCGACUUCGAAGACUCCCAUGUAAGCGGAAUACUUCAGGCCGCUCUUGAGGAGCGAGAGCCUGUCGAUGUUCAUAUCUUUGAGCAAGAAUGGACCAGUGAGCCCAUUGAAAUCUUUGAGGUUUUCGUUCUUCGAAUGCUGCAUACGCUUUCGAAACCGGACCACUUCGAGAUUCUCGAAACCCUUGUUGCUGUCCCUGGUGGAUAUUACGGACAUCAGAGUCUUCGGGCCGUCGCCCGUUACUAUCAACUUCAUACUAUGGAUAAGUUCUUUGAACUGGGAGGACCUAGAAACCUCAUGCGUGUAUUCUGCGACGCAUUCGCCUGGGCCAAACCGGCACUAGACAUUAUCUCGUCUACUGAGGCAUAA